AUGGACCCCGACCUUGAUCUACCAAGCCUGUCGACUUGCACGACUUGCAGAUUCAAGGAGGAUUUGUCCAACUACUGGACCGCUGUGCUUUUCUUCAAGCACCCCAACGGCAGUUAUAUUCGGGUCCCUCAAAUGGCUAACCAGUUCAUCGGUUCUCCGAACGGCGGCAUGACUGUCUACUACAUCCAGCCUAUGAACAACCAGAGGGUCACCGCGUUCAAGAAGGGAUUCCGCAUGAUCGUCGGGAACCCCAUGAUCCGCCAGAAGAACGUCGACCCGAACAGCUUUGAGGCCAGGUCGCUCACUUUCCGCUGCUUCGGCGCCAACUUCCAAAGCGACCCCCAAUGGCUUCACCCCGGUACCGGCCCCCUCGAUACCAUCGACCUUCCCAAAGGGGCGUGUGCCGGUGGUAUCCGCUCGAACAUCUUCUUCCCAUCAUGCUGGGAUGGCGUCAACAUUGACACUCCGGACCACGCCAGCCACGUAGCCUGGCCGACUGGUGCUAUUCCUCGCGAUGGUCUCUUCUGGAUGGCUGGUGGCUGCCCAGCUUCUCACCCCAUCCGCCUUCCUUUGCUCUUCUUGGAGAUUGUCUGGGACACCAGGCCGUUUAACAACAUGUGGCCUACCGACGGCAGCCAGCCCUUCGUAUUCUCCAUGGGUGACCCCACCGGCUUCGGACAACACGCUGACUACGUCUUCGGCUGGGAAGGCGAUUCACUCCAGCGCGCGAUGGACCAGUGCACGGACCUGGGCGGUGCCCCUGAGGGAUGUAGGGCACUCACCAUCGUCAACGACGCAACUAUCAACCGCUGCACUCAGCCCGAGGCCGUGAACGAGAGGACCAGCGGAUACCUCCCCGCACUCCCUGGAUGCAACCCCAUCCAAAACGGACCCGCGCAGGCUACGAUGCCGGCGAGUUGCGACGCGGUGUCGACUACUGGUGGCAUCGGAGGUACUCAACCAACUUCGCCUCCCCUUCCUGGGACGGUCGCACCUCCCGCUCCUACCACCGUGGCGCCCGUUCCGACUCAACCGCCCGCUCCUCAGGCACCCGCUAUUCCCAAGUGGGGUCAGUGCGGAGGAAUUGGCUGGACUGGAGGAACCACUUGUGCGGCCGGAAGCACUUGCCAGAGGCAGAACGACUGGUACUUCCAAUGCAUCUAA